UCCCUUGGAAAUCAUACUUUGAGAGACUUUUCAGGUGAAUUAGGCCAGAGAGAAUUAAUGUUUUGAAUGGGAAUCCCAGGAAUACAGCAUCACGGCAUUUACACAGUUAUAAGUUGCGGAUGUCCAUGGCGAUAACGACUCGGUACUCUCAUACAGGCAGCUUGCUCAACUUGAAACACUCGGCUGUGUCAGCAGGGGACAGCAGUUCCAGUUUUGACUCUGGGUUCAGAGUGUGGGGAAAAAAAUGGCAGAGACCUGUGGUGUCAGGACAGCACUUGAGCCAGUCAGGAGGAGUUCAAGAGAGAAGAAACAAAAUGUGUGCAGCAUGUAUGAGUAUGAUAAGAUAUCUUUGUCUUCAAAGAAGCAAGACAGGAUACCAGUAUCCCCUGAUGGGAGAAACACAAGGAGCUCAACUGACAACUAUGGCAGAAAACAGAAAAAUAUUUCAGCAAAACAUCCCAGACUGAAGCAACAGAGAUAUGAAAAAUCUAGCAGGAAGUGUGUGGAAGCUUCUCAAACAAGUGUUAAGGAAGUGUUUGGUGAUGAAAUACACAAGAGUGGUACAAAGACGUCCAGUUGGGUAACUGGACCGGUUGGACGUGAAGAGAGUCCGAUGUUUAAGUGUUGUCCAGAGUCACCCGGAGCUGGUAGGGUCUCUGUAGCAUCACAAGCAGAGUGUGGGAUUCCAUGGGGGCCUUCUCAGCAGGAUGUGCCCGUAGGUGGUAGGAAGCAGCAGGCUGUGUCUGCAGGUGCUAAAGGACUGCAUGAUGUGUCUGCAGAGGCUAAAGAUCAGCAGGAUGUGCCUGUAGGUGGUAGGAAGCAGCAGGCUGUGUCUGCAGGUGCUAAAGGACUGCAUGAUGUGUCUGCAGAGGCUAAAGAUCAGCAGGAUGUGCCCGUAGGUGGUAGGAAGCAGCAGGCUGUGUCUGCAGGUGCUAAAGGACUGCAUGAUGUGUCUGCAGAGGCUAAAGAACAGCAGGAUGUGCCUGUAGGUGGUAGGAAGCAGCAGGCUGUGUCUGCAGGUGCUAAAGGACUGCAUGAUGUGUCUGCAGAGGCUAAAGAACAGCAGGAUGUGCCUGUAGGUGCUAGAGAACAGGUGGUGAGAAGUGAUGAGAUGUCAGAUGAAGUACAGGAGGCACGCUUGAUAGAAACUGGUGAUCCUGAGUGUAAGGACUUGCUGGUUGCUAAACUACAGCUGAGUCCUGUUAAGAUGAGUGAAACAGACACACAUGCAGGUAAUCAGUUAGGAAAGAAAAUUGUGGUUAAUGCGUAUUCUGAUAGGAGUUCAGACUCACCUACUAAGGUGAUCUCAGGCAGUGAAAGAUCCAGUUUAACAACAAACUGUGUACUCCAAAGAAGGAAAUCCGAUAGAAAUCACCAGAAGAAGAACGUUGAUGAAUCAUGUUUGACUGACAGCUUUUUGUCCCUUAAUGAAUAUGAAGUGUCCAGGAUCCAAUCUCCCUCAGAAUACGCCAGCAAAACACCCGUACGAUCAUCAGAAGAUGAGAAGGAUCAAGAUGGAUCUUUUCUUAUAAAAAAGGGAACGCAGAAUUUUCGGAGGAAGAGAUCAGUAAGCACAAAAUACUUCUGUUCAUAUUGUGGCAAGGUGUUCGUCAACCAGAGUCUUCUUGUCACUCAUGAACGCUGUCACUCUGGUGAGAAGCCAUAUCCAUGUUCCAUCUGUGGACAAAGGUUCGCCCUCAAGUCUAACAUGCAUCAACAUAAGCAACUUCACUCAGAGGAUCGGCCUUUCAUGUGCGAGGUCUGUGGCAAGUGUUUCAAGACCGGGUCCUACUGCAGGGAACACAGCAAGACUCACCUAGCUGUGAAAAGCUACAAGUGUGAAGUCGCUGACUGUGGGAAAACCUUCUCCAGUAAAAGUAAUCACCAGGCUCACAUGCUGUUCCACAGAGGGGAGAAGCCCUACGAUUGUAAACAUUGCCACAGGACAUUUCGUCGAAAACAGGCAUUGAAAAAGCAUCUGUUAGUUCAUUCAGGAAUUAAGAAAUUUGAAUGUCUGUCAUGUGGAAAGACAUUUGUCCAGCAGGGUUCAUACCAUGCUCAUGUCCUGCUUCAUGAAAAGAAACCAUUUUCCUGUGGAGUGUGUAAAAAGUUCUUUGCCUCGGAAGAAAAGAGGGAGUCUCAUCAGUUGCUGCACACUCGGUACCCUUUCUAUAACUGUGAAUUCUGCCAUCGCAACGGCAUGAACUUUCAAGAUCUGUCAAAACAUUUAAAGAAACAUGGUCUUCAGAUUUUGCGCAAUAUUAAAUGUCCUGAUUGUCGGAGGUCAUUCACAACACAGAAUAUUUUCGAACAACAUACAGCAGUAAUGAGUCUCACAUGUUCUGCAUGUGGAGUAUCCCUGAACUCAGCCUGUGUGUAUUACUCGCAUAGAAAAAGCCAUAGGAACGACCCUCAUGUUCAACAUGAUCACAUCCUCGGUCAUGUCUGUGAUGUCUGUGGGAAGGACUUCCAGAAGAUAUCCCUGCUGAAGAAUCACAAGCUUAUCCAUGGUGACACAAGGUUCAGGUGUGACACUUGUGGCAAGGAGAGUAAGACCAAACCAUGUCAUAUGGCACAUGUCAAAACACACAGUGGCCUGAAGCCUUUUUGUUGUGAAGUUUGUGGAAAAUACUUUGUGUCUCAUACCAACCUUCAGAAUCACCAGCUGAUCCACACAGGAGAAAAACCUCACUGCUGUCACAUCUGCAGUAAGUCUUUCAGGACACGUGCUUUGCUUCGCGAACAUGGGAACGUUCACUGCAAUGAGAAGCGUUUUAAGUGUGAACUUUGUGGUAAGGAAUACACAAGCCGGACAAAUUACAUCAAUCACCUCAAUGUCCAUAAGGGACAAAGAAACUAUGAGUGUGAACACUGUGGGAAGAAGUUCUUUGCCAAGUAUGUGAUGAGAAAGCAUAUUCAGAUCCACACAGGACAGAAGAACUACCAGUGUGACUUCUGUGGGAAGAAGUUCAUCCAGCACGGUAAUUGGUUGAUUCACCGACGCUCACACACAGGUGAGCGACCUCAUCGGUGCCAGCAGUGUCCGGCAUGCUUCGUCAACUCAUCACAGUUGAAGAGUCAUAGGAAAAGAGUCCAUGAUCAGAAGAAGGAAGAAAUGUGUGAUAAAUGCUUCAAACAUUUCUAUGACAGAAAAGGUCUACUGUCACACAUGAAAAAUGUCCAUGUCCGAAAGGAAAAUGGCGAGAUAUUUUCAUGUAACAAAUGUGAUAAGCUGUUUGUUUCCAAAGAAAAUUAUCGUGCCCAUGAAGGUGUGUGUAAGGUGUCUAAAAAACCCUUGCCUCGACUUCAGCCAUCAAUUCUUCAAAGUGUCUUAAGAACAGUCUACUCUAAAGCAGGCAUGUCAUCUUAUGGUGUGAAGGAGGAUGUGGAGUCCAUGCAACCAGGUCAGUUGUUACAGGAAAAAGACUUCCUGUUUCAGUUUGAAUCUGUGAAAGUAAAGAAAGAUAAAGAAUUAGAUCGGGACACAGAACUUCCUGACCAGUCACUGCCACGAGCAGCCCAGCAGUUUCACCUUCAAUCUCUCCCUGGUGUGGACAAUGACCCUGCCUGUCUGGCUGGAGACAAUAUCGAGAUAGUUGAGAUCAGUGAGGCGGUCAUAGAAGCAGAUUUAUCCAGUCCUAAAGUAGAGGUGAGAGAAGAUGCAUCUAUUGCUCCUUUGGGAUUGGGUCAGGCUGUUGUAGACACAGAAAUGGGUCCAAAAGAGGUGAGAGAAGAUGCAUCUGUUUCUCCUGUAGACAUGGGUCAGGCUGUUGUAGACACAGAAAUGGGUCCAACAGAGGUGAGAGAAGAUGCAUCUGUUUCUCCUGUAGACAUGGGUCAGGCUGUUGUAGACACUGAAAUUGGUCCAACAGAGGUGAGAGUAGAUGCAUCUGUUUCUCCUGUAGACAUGGGUCAGGCUGUUGUAGACACUGAAAUUGGUCCAACAGAGGUGAGAGUAGAUGCAUCUGUUUCUCCUGUAGACAUGGGUCAGGCUGUUGUAGACACUGAAAUUGGUCCAACAGAGGUGAGAGUAGAUGCAUCUGUUUCUCCUGUAGACAUGGGUCAGGCUGUUGUAGACACUGAAAUUGGUCCAACAGAGGUGAGAGUAGAUGCAUCUGUUUCUCCUGUAGACAUGGGUCAGGCUGUUGUAGACACAGAAAUUGGUCUAACAGAGGAGAGAGAAGAAGAGUUAUCUCUUUCUCCUGUAAACAUUGGUCAGGCUGUUGUAGACACAGAAAUUGGUCUAACAGAGGAGAGAGAAGAAGAGUUAUCUGUUUCUCCUGUAAACAUUGGUCAGGCUGUUGUAGACACAGAAAUUGGUCUAACAGAGGAGAGAGAAGAAGAGUUAUCUCUUUCUCCUGUAAACAUUGGUCAGGCUGUUGUAGACACAGAAAUUGGUCCAAUAGAGGAGAGAGAAGAAGAGUUAUCUGUUUCUCCUGUAAACAUGGGUCCAGCUGUUGUAGACACUGAAAUUGGUCUUACAGAAGUUGAGGUCAGUGAUGCUGUGGUGGAGUUAACCCUUCAUGAGGUGGAGAUCAAACUGGAAGCUGAUGUGCUCAAGUCAACUGUCCAGCCUCUACAAAGGCCUCAGGCCCAAAAGGGUACUGAAAGUGUCGGAUCUACCCAUUUGGCCUACAGUAAAGAAAGUACUGAAAGAAUAAAGUCUUGCAGUGUAGGAAAUGAGGUUAUGGGAAACACAAGGACAGAAUCACUUCACAGAUGUGACAUUGUUAAUCUAGGCAGCAAGGAACCUCUACAAGGAGCUACAGUUGCUGACGCUGGAACCUUGUCUUCAAAAGAGACUAAUGACACUCAACGCACUAGGUCAUUUCAUGUAGCAGCUAAGAUUACAGAACCAUCAGCAUCUUGGACAAUGAGUAGAAGUAGCUCCAUGUUCCAGUGUGACUUGUGUAAGAAGGUGCUGGUGUCUGGCAGAGAGGCCAUGCUGCAUGAGAAGCUCCACCAGGCCGACCUGCUGUAUCAGUGUAGCCUGUGUGGGGUGCGGUUUGGGACAGCAGCUUCACUCACCUCCCACCUCCAGACACACAGUCAAGUCCAGGGUCAUCAAGAGAAUACAGCUGCUGAUGGUGGCAGAUCUACAUACAUCCACAGUGAAGGUUCUUGUCGUGGAAUGACUCGUAUUCAAAACUAUUCUUGUGACAUAUGUCACAAAGGGUUUUCCUUCAUAGGACUUUUUAAGCUUCAUACAGAGUCUCACAGGGUCAGCUGCUGCUUCAAGUGUUAUAGAUGUGGCCGGAUAUUCCAAGACCGGAGGAUAUUUGAUUGUCAUAUCCAGUCUCAUUCUGGGAAAGGAUUCAAGUGUGGGGCUUGUGGGAAGAUGUUUUCAAUGGAGGCUGUGCUAAAGAUACAUCAGAAAAGACACAGUUGUCAUUGUUACUCCCCAAAAAUGAUAAAAAACUCAACAUGCCCUCUGCAGCAUGCCAAGAAUGAUGGCCUCAAGAUGCGCUUUAAUGAACACGGAGCAAUCAGAUCAUCUUCGGAUGCAGUGACACCACCCCUGAGAACCAGCAACCCUGUUACACUAGUUCCUGUGGAUAGAGAGAACAUAAGUGGAAUUGUGCCCAUGUGUAUGUGUGGUGUGUGUGAUGCAACAUAUUCAAGAGAGGAGGACCUUGUGAGACACCAACAGGUUCAUAUGGCUGGGGUGAAAUACCUAUGUCAGAUUUGUGAUCUUCAUUUUGACAAAGAAGUUGCUUUCAGAAAUCAUAUAAAACUCCAUGGGGAGGUUGGGCAGGUUGGAAUGGGGAACACAGAAUGUGGGUAGCAUGUCUGGGAUAGGGUGGGAGAUGACUUGGGUACCUGGGAGACGGGAUCAUAUGACACAUGGGGAGGUUGUGCAGGUGGAAAUUGGGAACGCAGAAUGUGGGUAGCAUGUAGAUAGGUCAUGGUCCCAAACAGGAAGAUGGAGUCUGUCUCAAUGUUCGGCCUCACCUGUUUGUGGAACAAUUUAUUGUUUGGCGCAUAAUAUAUUCACUCAGUAGGGCAUUCGGCGUAGAUGUGGGGCAUAGAUGGGUUUAUUUGCAUCAGGCCUAUUCUCACCUAGGCCAAGGUCCCCCAGUCUAUAGACUGCUGCCAUGGUCUAGUGGUAGAGCGUCCGUGUCAUACCAAAAAAGAUGUUACUUGUUGUUACCCCCUCUGGCGCUUGGCAUUAAGGGGCUAAAACAAGGACUGGU